CUGGGACAAGUAACCUUCCAAAGUGAGCCUUGCAGCAUUUCAAAAUGUCGACAGCUUGCCACAUUUCGCCACAAAAACAUAAACAUAGCUGAAGUCGCCGCUGCCGCUAAUGAGCGCCGAGACCGCCGUCGAAACCACUACCGCAGCAAAUGAGAACUAUCGAAGCCCCCGUCACACUUUGCUACCUCUUUCUUUCAGACACCACCACCUAAGGUUUACAGUGCAAUAAUGUCAGCAAAGCAUCAACAAGAAUUAAUACACAUCUAAAGUUGUGUAAUGAGACGAAGUUAUAGACAUGACAGUGCUAUACGAAAAAAAGGUCUUCACUUUUAGGAAAGGGGGAAAAGGCCAUUUAUUCUUGUCUUCUAGAGAAAACAAUAGUUAGUGGACUGGUUAUGGAACUAUUGCGGCCUGGUUCGGAAGGAGGGGCAGAGGCAGUACUAAAGCUUCAACCAAACACAUCCCUAUCUGUUGCCUACCAUCCUCUUUUUGGACCCCAUGAUGAUCUAAUGCUUCUUGAGCUUGAUGAGAAACUCCUCCCUGAAUUCCUUCACCAAAGUGUGACUUUGAGAGGGCAACCAAAUGAAGAUGCAGUUCUAUGCACCCAGUCAAAAACCUAUGCCCUUAAAUUCGUAGGGACGUCAAACUCAAUGUUCCUUAUUCCUCCAUCUGACCAGUCAAUCAUAGAAGAUGCCUCUCUUGUGUUGCAUAGUAAAGACCAGAUGGCUGUUUCUUCCGUCCUUAAAGUCGCCCCUGGCUGUAUGGAACUGGUUGAGGUUUCUCCCAGAUUAGAUAAGCUCAAAGCACUUCUCUCCCAAAAUCCUUAUGGUUUUUAUGAUGAUAGGGCUUCUUCAGAUAUGACAGAUCAGAGUGGAUUUCUAUAUAAAUGGGAUGAUCUGGUGGAAAGUAUUCAAGCCAGUGACGGUGAGCUAGCAUCCGGCUUACAAGCUUUGCCUGCAGUAGAGAUUAAUGGAUACUGGAGAAUUUUAGAUGAGCAAUAUAUGGAUGGAGUUCUUAACAUGCUUCUGCACAAUUCAGUCAUCAAGAACUGGUCUUUGAACAUGUUGGAUGAAGAUGAAGUUCUUCAAGUGUUGGAAGGAGAUGGAUUUCCUAAGAAAAUUGCAAUGCACUGUUUGGAGGUUCAUGGGAGUAGAGAUGAUGAAGGCUUGGUUUGGAGGAUGGAUGAGAAGAGGAUCUGUGUGCACUUCGCGAGAGGGAUAUUGAGAGGAGGGAAGAAGAUGAAGAUGGAAGGUUUCAUGGAGCAAUGGAGAUUGAAGAUUCCAGAUGGGAUGAAUGUGACUAUUGAGAUGCUGGAAGGGGAAGUGUUAACUGAGAAGAUGGGGAUAGAGACUUGGGUAUAUGCUUUUAGUGUGUCUUCAUUGUCUUCCGUUCCUGCUGAGAGGUUUUCGAUGCUUUUCCAAGAAAGAGCAAGAUGGGAAUGGAAGGAUAUGCAGCCAUAUGUUAGGGACCUAAAAGUGCCCGGGAUGUCUUUGGAGGGAUUACUUCUGAAGUACACCCGAAGAACCCAACCAACAGCGGAUGCAGAACCCAUAUUCAGCGCAAGAUAGAUAUUAUGUGUAUAUGUGGAAUUAUUGUGGUAAAAUCUUAUAUCGGCUAAAGUGGAGGCUCUUGCACCCUUCCUGUACUCUCAAGUCUCAAUUCGGCCCUUGAAUUAAAAAAAAAAACUGAACUCGAUAGAAUGAUUUAAAUUUCAUUUCUUCAAAUAAUGUUCCAAUCAUCAGGCAUGUCACCUGGUAGGUUGCUGCAUCUGAUGUUGCAUUUUAAUGUAAAAUAAACCCAUAAAAAGUUAUCAAAUUAAUCAAUUAGAGACCGGGGAGAGUCAUCUUAUCCAUUCAAUCUUUUUGGAAGGCCUCUCUCCCUUUCACCUUUAA